AUGGAUGAGAUGCGCAGCGCUAAUCUGGACCAAGGACGACUGGUGGAGGCUGGCUUCGAGUUGGCCAAGAAGAAGGUCUACCUUCGGUUCCAGCAAGGAUCCUCUUUCUAUUCCACCUAUCCGUGGAAUAUCUGCAAGCUCUUGGCCUAUGUCAUGCAGCCAGCUGGUCCAGCGCGGACGGGAGCCAUUGCUGACAGCCGGCGCUUUGCGCGCGAGCUGCUAGGAUCAAACCUUCCGAGCAACACUUUCGCCGACAAGUUCUUCAAUGGCACCUUCAAGGAGCAGAUGGAGGAGUGGGCCGGCGGGGCUGGGCCCAUGCCAACUGCCCUUUUCAGGGAGCUCUUGAGCUACUCUUUGAGCCUUGUGGCCAUGCAAAGGUUGGAGAGUCGCCACCAUCUCGUGAAUCUUCGCCUCCAACCCAGCCGGGCAUCCAGCGCUGCCCAGGUCAGUGCGCACUUGCGCCGCAAGCUGAACAAUGACAUUCGAGAUGACCGUUUCCGCCUGCGCCUGGAGCGCUACUUGCAUGAGUUUGAAAAGCUGGAUGCGUUGAUACAAGCUGCGGCAGCUGAGUCGAAAGAAGUUGUGGACGCAUCUAUGCGAGCGUGGCAGGCGCAUGUGAAAACAACCUUGAGCGAUGGCGCCUACUAUGCUGUCCCCUUUGAUGUUAGUGAGAGUGCAACAAAGUACAUGGUGGUGCAGUUCGUCAGUGCCGCGCCCGGAGCGAAAAAGUACAUGGAGAAGCUCACACGCUGGGGGACAGACGCUUGGCAAGGGCAAGUUGCAGUUGCAAACCUUGGCAGCUUAACUGCGCCCGCUCCUUCAGAUCGUGGAGCAGAUGCUGAAUCUGCGCUGGCCAUGGCAGUGGCAGACCUCUUCAAGCACGGCUUCCACAAUCUUUACAAGUUCAAGGAUGUGAACCAUGUCUGCCAGCUCUCCCAAGAAGCUAUCCUUUCCGCAGUUGCAGCGGAAGAGGUUGGGCCGGGCAGCGACGACGAGGGGCCGGGGGAGUGUUGCCAGCUCUCGAUAGCUUCCGACCCUCUGAGAUUGCAGGCAGUGUUCGAUGUUGCCCGCGAGGCAAUCAGCCGUAGCACGCCCUUGCCUUUGCCCGCUGAGCCAUUGCGCCGGGAUGCCGCGCACUGGCUGGUCGCUCAGGAGCUGGCUUCACACACAUCCGAUGGCGGUCUG